AUGUCGGCUGUCGACGCGGCGUGGCAGCGCCUCAAGGCCACCACCGCGCCCGCAGCCAUGGCGGGAAGCAGGCUCUCCGCCUCCCGCAGCGCCGCUCCUCCCGCACUGCCGCGUGGUGAUCCCGGCGGAAGCGCAAUAGCCGCCGCUUUAGAUGGAGCGGCAGGUUCCGCGGAUCUUCCGGCGCAAGCGACGGCGGGAAAUCCGGGCGAGACGGUGAAUCUGCGAGACGCGCGCGUGGAGCUGAUUCUGACGCAGCGGCUGCGGCAGCGCGGGGCUGCGCAGACAGCGAGCGGCGCCAGCGGCGGGAAGAAAGCCGUUCCUGUGAGUGACGCGCGCGAGGUUCAGUGCGGUGCUGCGAUGUGUAUUGCUUUGCUACCCCCACAGCAACAUGCUGCCAGAAUCAUCGUGGGUUCGUGGGUGUGGGACCUGGGUCUGAGGCCCCUCCCACGCUCUGCCGCCGGCGCCGAUGGUGCAGGCAGCGACGUGCGGGAGGAGAGGAGCGGCGGAGAGGCGGCAGGGGGGGCGGAACGAGCAUUGAGGAGUGCAGAGAGAGGGGGUCCGGGGGAGGGAGCGGGUGUGGGGGAUGGUGGGGCGCGGGAGCGGGGGGAUAUGGAGGUGGACGGGGGCGGGGGGGGGAGGAGUGAGGAGGGGAACAAAGAGGGGGACGCGGCAAGGGAAAAUGCCACUGCUGCAGCAGCAGGUGCAGAGCGGGCGGCGGCAGCAGCGGCGGCGUUGAGAGCAACACAGGCAGCAGCGGGUGGAGCGGUGGUGGACGACUCCAAAGUGCAGGUGCGGGAGGUGGUGGACUUUGCAGGCGAGGCGGUGGAGGUGGUGCGGGUGCUGGACGUGCGCUCUAAAGAGGCUGCUGCUGCCAAACGCAAGGCGGACAUGCAGGCGUCCACAUCAAAGGGGCUGGACGCCAUUCUGGCGCAGAUGGAGAAGAAGAAGAAGCUCAACAUCCUUGACAAAUCACGCAAGACCACACCAUUCCAAGGUUUCUCCAAGGGAAAGAGGGGUGGAGGGAAAGGGACAGGGUCGGACAGGAGGAAGAAGAAUAGGCACUUGGGGGCGGUGGGGGUGAGUGCGAGUGAGUUCAAGGACGGGGCGGGCGUGGUGGAGGAGUUGGAGGAGCACUGCAGGAGCGGUAGCCUUCUCCCCUCUCACUCCUCUCACUCCUUUCCCAACUUCCUCUCGUCCCUCGUCGCCCCUUGCUGCCAGGACUGGAGCGAGUACAAGGAGGGCACGGGUGUGGUGGAGGAGCUGGCGGAGUAUAGGAGGAGCGGCGCCACGUACACGGAGAAGAGGGCGUUUCUGGGGCAGGCAGACCUGCGCGAGUACGAGCGCGAGCGCGAUGCCAAGCUGGCUGCACAGGCCCGGAGAGCACGGCCAGGGGGAGUGGAGUGA